AUGCGUUCCCUAUUAAGACCAAGGCCAACCGUCUGGCGACGUCAAUGGCAGAUUGGAAGACGACGGCAUCUUGCAACUGUCUCCGGCGACUCAAGGCCUUUUGAUGUGGUGGUAAUUGGAGGCGGCCAUGCUGGUGCCGAAGCAUGCGCCGCGGCCGCACGAGCCGGAGCCCGGACGGCCUUGAUCACACCGAAGAUUGACAACCUAGGGACAUGUUCGUGCAACCCGAGUUUCGGAGGAAUUGGCAAGGGAACCAUCAUCCGGGAGAUUGAUGCGCUCGAUGGUCUGGCGGGGAGGAUCAUUGACAAGGCGGGCGUGCAGUUCCACGUGUUGAACCGACGGAAAGGAGCGGCGGUUUGGGGACCUCGUGCUCAGAUCGAUCGAGACUUGUACAAGAAAUACAUGAGGGAGGAACUCUCUUCGUACCCGAACCUAUCCAUCGUCCUCGACAGCGUCUCCGACAUCGUCCUUUCAGAACAAGAGCCCGUAGACGGCGCUUCAAGUCGCAUCGCCGGUGUGCGACUCGAGUCGGGCCAGGUCCUCCCCACGAGCAAGGUCAUCAUCACGACGGGGACAUUUCUCGGUGGCGAAAUACAUAUUGGUCUCGAGUGCUAUCCUGCUGGUCGCAUCGGAGAGGCUGCUACCUUUGGCCUGAGCAAGUCGCUCCGGGAUGCGGGUUUUCAGCUGGGACGUCUCAAGACGGGUACACCUCCGAGAAUCGCCCGGGACAGCAUCAAGUUUGGCAUCUUGGAGAAGCAAUACGGAGAUGAUCCUCCUUCUCCGUUCAGCUACCUCAAUGAUACGGUAGCAGUGGAGGAGCAGCUGACUUGCGGUGUGACCUAUACGAAUGAGAAGACGCACCAGAUUGUCCGGGAUAACCUCGACAAGACGAUCCACAUCCGCGAGACCAUCAAAGGACCUCGAUACUGCCCUUCCCUGGAAUCCAAGGUUAUCCGCUUCGCCGACAAGGACCGGCAUAUCGUCUGGCUCGAGCCUGAGGGUUUCGACAGCCCCAUCGUCUACCCGAACGGGUUGUCAAUGACAAUUCCUGCGGAUGCUCAGGAACAAGCACUCCGCACGAUCCCAGGCCUGGAGGACUCCAAGAUGCUUCAGCCCGGAUAUGGAGUUGAGUACGACUACAUCGACCCUCGCGGCCUAAGGUCAACGUUGGAAACAAAGGCCAUUAGCGGCCUGUACCUGGCCGGACAGAUCAACGGAACCACAGGCUACGAGGAGGCUGCAGGUCAGGGAGUUCUCGCGGGUAUCAACGCAGGUCGUGCAGCCAAGGGUCUCCCAGGCGUGUCCCUGUCACGAGGCGAUGGCUACAUUGGCAUCAUGGUCGACGACCUCAUCACCAAGGGCGUCACUGAGCCAUACCGAAUGUUCACUUCACGCAGCGAAUUCCGUAUGGCUGCCCGAGCUGACAACGCCGACUUCCGACUUACAUCCAAGGGCCAUGAAUGGGGUGUCAUCUCGGACAACCGAUGGAGGGUAUACAGUGAUGAGCGUCAGCAAAUGGACGAUCUCACAAAGGCCCUCCGGUCUGUAUCCCUCAGUCCGGCGCAGUGGAUCGAAAAGGGCUUCCAUCUCAAGCGCAACACGGCCCGACGUGAUGGCCUCGACAUGCUCCGGCUCUCAAGUUCCAACACACGCAUCGAGCUUGAGCAGCUAGUGUCCGUCGUGCCCGAGAUCAUGAGCUACUCGCCGCGUGUACGCAGCCGUGUUGCCAUCGAGGCCUUUUACGCCCCCUAUAUCAAGAUGCAAGAGGCGGAACGCAGCCAGUUCACCAACGACGAGCGUGUCCGCAUCCCCACGAGUCUCGACUACGAUGAGAUUCCUGGCCUUGCCAUCUCAGAGAAGGAAGCUCUCAAGGUCGCCAGGCCAGAGACUCUUGCCCAAGCUCGACGAGUCGAGGGUGUGACUCCAUCAGGAAGUCUACGACUCCUGGCCUACGUCAGACGAAACCCAUAUCGAGAGAGUUUAGGCGAGGUCCCUUGA